AUGCCCUACCCGAUCAUGAGCACCAUACGUCGUGCUACGGACGAUGACAGGGAGGCCAGAAGCUGCACAUUUUACUGGUCCAAUUAUACAAAUGCAUUCUCUGAUAAGGGCUUGAUACUCGUCCACCACAAGGAGGAUGGCAGCUUCGAAAGAGUUCGGGUGGAUCACACCACUGGCCUCAAAGCAUUACCGGAGGUCGACAGCCUGGUCAUUUCUGGGCGGUAUCAACCCCAUCUGCACGAACUCGCUCCCGGCGAGGAGACGAAAACAAGCAGACUAGGCUUUCCUGAGCGAUAUUACCGCGUCCUCGAGUUGGGCGAGACGUACUCGCUGAUCUUCCCUGGUGCAGAGGUUGGCAUGUGGGCGUGGGGUAGCAUUCAAGACAAUUUAGGACUCGAGAUGAAGGCUGGAAAGCUGCUUCCGUCCGGAGACAGGUCACGACCGCAUACAAAGAAGGGCGAGGGACAGCCUCCGCUAGUGAUACCUGGAGCAGCGAUCGUUACCUUUACGACCGUGAUGGAGGAGCCAGCAUGGCCAGAGCGAGCAAGCAGAGAAGCCAAAGUAGGGUUCUCAAUGGCUAACCUGGAAGAACAAAGGUGGCGGCUGAAAAUCCAGCAGGCAGAAGCCCGCCGUAGGGGGCUCUCGCCAGCUCCGCUGGCGGCGUCUGAUCGAGUCCCUUGUGCGCCAAUUUUUUCCGUAUCACUCCAGUGCCCAUCGAUUCUCGAAGGUCGCGGAGACUUCGACGUCGAGGUCACGUUCAAAUAUGAAGGCGUACUGGGAGAAGAUGGCCAACAUACAUCAAGAGCACAACCUGUGACGUUUCACUGGCUGUCACUAUUAUAUAUGCAACAAGGACCACGCGCAGGGUUUCGACUCUACCGUCGCCGCCGAGACGAAUUCGUUAGCGAUGACAGCGAUAAGGGCAGCUACUGGGACCAGUGCGAACUCGAUGGGAAUGCCGGCUGCUUCAUGAUCGUCGACGAGCCAGACAUUGCAGUGUGUGUCGGAGAGCACAAGCAUUUUACAAGCUUGCAGCCUGGAGAAACCUGGACGACUAGCGAGACUCUUUCCGGAAGUGACACAGAUUUGCCCCGAGACACGACCCCAGGUGAUGUCUUUCGCUACACGUUCAAGGGGUCUGUAGUUGAUUGGUGGGAUUGGGGCACCAUGGAGGAUCACGCAGAGACGGUGGUCAAGCUGCCGUGUUUUGAAGCUGGCAAUGUUACCAUGCCCUCUGACAACGGAGGGCGACCAAAAUUGGUGGUCACUGGCGCGGAACCGGUCGAAUUCACGAUCAUUGAGUAG